AUGCUUUCCACUGGAUAUCCAAAACCAGCGACGGAACAGUUGGAUGGCAACGAAAACAGUAAAAUACAAGAAAUUUUUCAACCAUCUAAAUAUGGUUUACGCGAAAUGGAAUUACGGGGACACAGCGAUAUACACUCCAAACAAAAAAUAAAGAUGCCAUUGAAGGAAAAGAAGCAAAAAGACGGUGCUCGGACUAUAAGGUUUAAAAAAGUUCGUCGAGUUGGACCACCAUUCAGCGAGUAUUUAGAAGGUGCUCAGCGACAGGAACUGUUGGAAGUGAUUAAACAAGCUCGAGCAACCGGAAAAACUCAGGAUGAAGUUCGCCAAACAAUUGAUGUAUAUCUGAAGAGUCACUUGAGUGCGGAAAAGCUGGCAAUGAUUGAAAAAGUGAAGGCUGAAGGUGCUAGAGAGGAAAAGGAAAGGAAUGAGCGUAACCAGCGGAAUAUAACUGAUUCGGAACACCAGAUGAUCAACAGGUUCAUGAAUGAGCAACGUGAGCGUCUCAACGGAUUGCUUGAAAUGAACCAAUAUUUGCAUACAUCGGAUCAUAUUGGUGGAAACUCUGUGGAUAACUAUUUGCAAAAUGUUGUCGAUGAUAAUGGUGGAGUAUGGCAGCGAAGAAAUCGGAAGAAUGAUAAUGGACGAAAAAAUGUUGCUUUUUAG